AUGGCAGUGGUCUCUGCAAUGUCCUGGGUCCUGUAUUUGUGGAUAAGUGCCUGUGCAAUGCUGCUCUGUCAGGGGUCCCUCCAUCACACUUUCCAGCAGCAUCACCUGCACAGACCAGAAGGAGGAACCUGUGAAGUUAUAGCAGCACACAGAUGCUGUAAUAAGAAUCGAAUUGAGGAAAGAUCACAAACUGUAAAAUGCUCCUGUCUACCCGGGAAAGUGGCUGGGACUACAAGAAACAGACCUUCCUGUGUUGAUGCUUCAAUAGUGAUUGGGAAAUGGUGGUGCGAGAUGGAGCCUUGCCUAGAGGGAGAGGAAUGUAAGACAUUGCCUGAUAAUUCUGGAUGGAUGUGUGCAACUGGCAAUAAAAUCAAGACCACCAGAAUCCACCCGAGAACCUAA